AUGGAGAUAGCAGCAAGUGGAUUUGCCUUCGUCCAAGUUGGCGUGGGCGCCGGCAAAACAAUCGUCCAAGCCAUCCAGCUGUGGGAGCAGGUCAAACAGCUCCCACGAGAACUCCAAUCACGCAUUCACAAGUUGAAACUAUUCAAACAGAUAAUCAUUCAGAUUGAAGACGAGUUUGCGCGCCACCCCAACCUGCGCGCGCGCCCGGCGGCCCAGCAGUGCCUCGAGCACGUCCGCGAUGCUGAGGCAGCGCUCCUUGCGCACGUUGAGAAGAUGAGCGCCUUAGUCCAGCAGCCGAAACGCAAGCUGAGGCGUCAUGUUAACUCGUUCAAGAUCAUCUCCCUCAAGAAGGAGGAGUUGGCGGCGCUCGAGAGCGAGCUUGCCUGGGCGAUGGAGUUGAUGCAGCUGGCGAUUUCCCUGUUUCACCUGGUAAAAGCUGAGCUAUCCGAAGAGAUCAUUGUCAGCCAAACGUCGAAUCGAGUCAGAGAAUAUAGCAUUGCUUGUCAAGAGGAUGUGAUACAGAAGACGGCGCAGGCUGUAGUCCAGAUGAUGAGAGCUGAGUCGUUGCCUAUGAUAGACAAAAUGUCCUCUGGCACUAUGGUCUCUCAGAAGGACGAUUCCGGUCAGAUGGAUAAGGGGCAAAAAAGUCGGAAUUGGCCGUCAUAUUUCGAAACCACCUUAUUUGGAAGAUAUGCAUUCCGCCGCUCACGAAACGAUGAGGGAUGGAUCGCGUCCCUACAGAUUCCCUGGUCUCAGCGCGUCACAGAAUUGCGCUGGACAGGGUGGCAGUAUCGCUUCCACUCUUACAACAUCCGACCGAAGACCGCGCCUGUCUUUAAAGCUGCCGAGCAGGGGGACAUCCGAGAGUUAACAAAACUCUUCAGAACGGGGCAGGCCUCGCCCUUCGAUAGGAACGAGGCGGGCCGCUCCUUACUAUACCUCGCCGCAAAAGAGGAGAGGCUGGAGGUCUGCGAAAUGCUCAUCAGAAAGGGUGUGCCUGCCGACGAUGAGCGCGAAAAGCAUGGCUACAAUCCUAUAGACGCCAUAGUCGUCUCCCGUCAGAACUUCACCGGAGCAGAUGACGAAAACCAUGCAUCCCUCGUCGCUCUAUUCGAGUCGGCCGCGUAUACUUCAGACACUCUCACAGUUGAGCGCCUGUUCAACUUCGUGGCCGAGUUCUCCCAAAGUGACGACUUCCUCCGCGUGUACCAGUCCCAGUUCCUGCGGAACUACCAACGUCUCCCGAUACGAGACCGCGCAGAAGCCGUCCGCCUCGGCUCGUUUCUCGUCCGCGACGCGACGACAUACAGACGCUUGCUCAACCCCGUCACCAAGGCCGUCACGCCCGCGGACACACGCGAGUCUGUGAGCGAGAAGCUCUCGCUGGUCCACUCUGCCGCGAUAGCGUUGGGCAAGAGACUCGCGGACGAGCUGCAGUACGACCCGAAGGCUUUCCGGGCGCGGUCGUACACGGAUUCCUGGAGCGACGUCGUGAUCGAGACGGUCGAGUCCGCGGAUAGCGAAGACUUGCACGGCGUAGAGACGGUUGUGCCUUGGGACUGGUUCCGGGUGCCGGCCUGGAAAGGUACACCGUUGACGUCCCUCCUCGGCGGCGCUCUGUGUCGCCUGGCGCCCGAGAUUCCGGAUUCGAAGUGGGACAGCGUUUUUCAACGGGUCCUUGGACAGUGGCUGCAAGAUUUACAGGAAGCGGGCGUGGACUUGUUAAAAUAUGGGAAAGGCGAGGUGAUGGCUCAGAAGUUGUGCCCAGAGGUCAAAGGCGCAUUCGACAGCGACGCGAUUAACGCUUCCCGAAUCACAGUACGCUAUGAGCUGCAAGAGCCGAGCAAAGAGUCGUGGAUGAACGCGGUCGACGCGGAGUUCGACCGGAGCGACAGAUACUGGAUGCCCAUUCGCAUCAUUGCUCUAGACUACGGUCCUCACGCUAAAGAUUGGAGGGUUCGAUGGCUGGUAGAGUGGGAGGCUUUUGCGGGGGAGUUCUGGAGGACUGUGGAGGCGCCGAGAGUUGUCAUGCCUGGCAGUUGGUGCGGGGCAAGGGGCAGAUCAGGUCACUCAGCUGUCUGCUACUUCCCAAGCUCUAGCUGUCUACCAGCUAUACCUUUUAGCAAGCAACAUUUCGUGGGUUUCUACAACCAAUCUCUCCAGCGCCGAGGUCUACUCUACCAAACUUCCAUUCAACACGCAAACAUGGCUUCCGGCAGCACACGUCGGCCCGGAAAACAGGGUGAAUGGUACACCGGCGACCCGACCAGGCUGUCCAAGCAGCUCGACGGGUUCUUGUCCGACGUCCCGGACCAGAUUGACGGCGACGGCUUGCCUGUCCCCGGCGCCAGGGUCAUCAUCGCGCCUCAUGCGGGCUACUCCUACUCCGGCCCGACGGCAGCCUGGGCCUACAAAGCCCUCGACCUCUCCAAAGCCAAGCGCGUCUUCCUCCUCGGGCCCUCGCACACCUACUACCUCCGCGGGGUCGCCGUCACGACGUACAAGAACUACGGCACGCCCUGGGGCACGCUGCGCGUCGACGAGGAGGUCACCGCCGAGAUCCGCGCCCGGGACGGCGUCGCCGACAUGCCGGUCCGCAACGACGACAAGGAGCACUCGCUCGAGAUGCACCUGCCCUACCUCUUCAAGCGCCUCCAGCAGACCUUUGGCGCGGAGGAGAACUUCCCCACCCUGGUCCCGAUCCUCGUCGGCGACAACAACAAGGCCGAGGAGAAGGAGGUCGGGAAGUGGCUCGCGCCGUACCUCAAGGACCCGGAGAACGCGUUCAUUGUGAGCUCGGACUUUUGCCAUUGGGGCAGCCACUUCGACUACACGGUGUACUCGCCCGACGGCACGGUCGAGGGCAUGCAGCGGCUGCGCGGGUACAGCGCGCCGGAUGGGCCGCCGAUCCACGAGACGAUCAAGAUGGUGGACGACCUCGCGAUCGAGGCGAUCAAGACGGGCAAGCACAGCAACUUCUACGACAACCUCAAGCAGACGAAGAACACGGUCUGCGGGCGGCACCCGAUCGGGGUGACGAUGGCCGCGCUGGAGGAGCUCGGCGAGGGGCACCCGGUGUUCAGGCUUGUGCAGUACCAGCGGAGCAGCAUGGUGACGGAGCCAAGCGACUCGAGCGUGAGUUAUGUCUCGGCGUAUGCUGUGGUAUGA